AUGCGAUCGAUCACCAGUUCACUCCCACGCAAGCGAACCAGAUCCCAAUUUGAAGUGGAUGUUCCCUCCGUUCCCAGUUUUGUCGCCAAAGGCUUAAUCAGCACCGAACAGGCCGAAUUGUUCUUCAACGCCUUCUUUCAAGGAUGUGAUCGUUAUGUGCCGAUAUUCGACCCCCUCCAUGAUUCUUUCAAUUCCAUCAGCGCAAGAAGUGCGUUGCUUUUGGACGCAAUUGUCACCGUUGGAUGUGGUGUGCUGAGUGAUGCCGACUCCCAGAUCUGCCAUCUUCUUGAUUUCCAUCUCAAGAAGCUGCUCAAUCUUAUCAUUGUCAAGCCAGAGCACGCCUCAUUGGAGACUGUUCAAGCCUUGCUGGUGACGGCUUGCUAUGCCUCCGAGCGGUCCUUGCUCCUAGCAUUCGCGACGAGAAUGGCACUCGACCUUGGUCUUCCAGAUUCGUAUGAGGAGUUGACUAAGAGGCUUGUGCGGAAAGGAACCCCGGUCCACAACAGAGAGACGCCAAUGUUUGACGAAAGUGAGGCCAUGUUGAUGAGACAGGCUCGAGCUUGGUUUCAGCUCAUGGUCCUAGAGCAAAUCCUGCGUGUUGACGCAGGCAAUUUGCGAAGCUUUCAAUUGCGAGGAGACGCACGCCGGUGCCGAAUCCUGAUUGACAAACCAUUCUCGACAGUCCUCGAUCUCCGUUUGUUGUCCCAAGUCGAGCUGAAUUCCCUACGAGCAGGGAUCCACGAUUCAUUGUCCAACAGUGAAGAAUUUGACGAUGAUGAAGUCACGGAUAUGGUUCGCGACGCUCAAAUAGAUCUUGAUGUGUGGUAUAACGAUUGGGAACAUAUCAUGAAACGAUCGCCCACGACCGAAACUCCAGUUCUUCUUCUCAAUCUCGAAGUGCAGAAAUAUUGGUCACAAGCAGUGGCUCUCUGUCGGGCGGUACGUGCUCUGGGGAACGAAAACAUUGCCUCCAUGUCCACGACGCAGCGCGAGAUCUUGCUCAUGGCCAAGGACGCCCUCAAGAAACAUCUUCGAAUCAUCCUCGACCAACCACAGUAUUACUUGGCCCACUUUCGUUUUGCCAUGGACUUUGUCUGGGCCAAAUGUGCCUUUUGCUUCUUGUUGCUUCUGAAGCUCACUCGACUUCUACCCGAGGAUGACGAUCGAUCUAAGCGAAAACUCCUCGACGAUGGGUAUGUUCUUCUGAACGAACUGAACAAAGCCGGAGGCGGAUCAACCAGCGGCGGCAGAACCCAUACCAGUAGGAUGUACCUGCAAGUAUUGCAACUGACCAUUCAAAAAUACGGACGUGCACUUCAAAGCGACCAUCACGGUCAAGACAGUCAAGGGGUUGACCCAACUAACAUGGUUCCAGGCCCGCAAUCUCCAGUGAACUUUUUUUGGACUUUUGGAAAUAAUGGAGGUCCGAUUGAAUCGUUCAUCCCCGAGCAAUUCGUCUUUGAAUGGGACUUCCCGGGCCUAACCUUAUUCUCAUCCCCGGCCAACGGAGACAAUUUCUUUGACGAAUUUUUGAUGGGCGCAUACGGGGGUGGUGAUCCGUCAUUUUUCGGGAUGCUCGGGUGA